AAAGCUUGUCCCUCUCACCAAGUCGGUCCGAUAAAAGAUGGGAAAGAAGAAGUUCAGCGGAUUAGAAAUCUCCCUGAUUGUCCUAUUCUGUUUGGUGGUGAUUGUAGCCUGCGUUCUGGUUGCACUUUUAGCAAUAGGACAAUCUGGACUCCAAGACUUUUCUCCGAACUGUCCAGCAGUAAGCUUCUCAGAGAGAAUUGACUGCAUUCCUGAUCAAGGGGCAACAAAGAGCUUAUGUACGCUGCGUGGCUGUUGCUGGAGUCCACAAAAUGAAACAAGCAUACCAUGGUGCUUCUUCUCCAAGAGUCAUGGGUAUAAGGUAGAAGGAGGUGUGACGCAAACAAAUACAGGUUUUGUAGCUAAGUUAACGAGGCUGCCUUCACCUUCCCUAUUUGGAAAUGAUAUUACCACUGUCCAGCUCACGGGAGAAUAUCAGACAACAAAUCGCUUCCGGUUCAAGCUCACUGAUCCUAAUAAAAAAAGAUUCGAAGUUCCUCACGAGAAUGUAAAAGCUUUUAGUGGACCUGCAGCGUCCAAUUUAAAGUAUAAAGUCGAUAUCAUUCAGAACCCUUUUGGUAUCACUGUGACGAGAACAAGCGGCGGCAAAAUGCUGUUCGAUACUAGAGUAGGACCACUUCAGUAUGCUGACCAGUAUUUGCAGCUCUCAAUCAAACUACCCAGCAGCAACAUUUAUGGAAUCGGAGAACACGUCCACACACAAUACCGGCAUGAUGUUAACUGGAGAACAUGGCCCAUCUUUACCAGAGAUGCUUUCCCCAAUGGAGGCACUCAUAACUUGUAUGGAGCUCACACUUUCUUCUUGUGCUUGGAAGAUAACAGUGGAGCCUCUUUUGGUGUGUUCUUAAUGAACAGUAAUGCCAUGGAAUUUGCUCUCCAACCUGCCCCAGCAGCAACUUACAGAACAACUGGUGGAAUUCUAGAUUUUUAUGUCUUCUUAGGAGACACUCCAGAGCAAGUUGUUCAAGAGUAUGUAAAGCUGGUAGGAAUGCCUGCAAUGCCUUCAUACUGGAGUCUUGGAUUCCAACUUAGUCGCUGGAAUUAUACCUCUCUUGAUGAGUUGAAAGUUGUGGUAGAAAGAAACAGAGCAAUUGGGAUACCCUAUGAAAUUCAAUACACUGAUAUUGACUAUAUGGAGGAAAAGAAAGACUUUACUUAUGACGAAGUGAAAUUUAAGGAUCUUCCUAACUUUGCUGUGAACCUGCAUAACCAUGGACAAAAAUAUAUUAUUAUACUGGAUCCUGCCAUUGCAAACUCCCCUCGCCUUAAUAAUGCUCCAUAUCUUUCCUAUGAUAGAGGAAUGCAAAAGAAAGUGUGGGUAAAUGAAUCAGAUGGACUAACAGAGCUCAUUGGAGAGGUGUGGCCAGGACUGACUGUGUUCCCUGACUACACCAACCCAGAAUGUACCAACUGGUGGACAGAAGAAUGUGAGCUCUUUUACGAUCAAGUGAAGUAUGAUGGGAUUUGGAUUGACAUGAAUGAAAUAUCCAGCUUUAUAAGAGGUUCAAUACUUGGCUGUCAGCAAAACAACUUAAACUAUCCUCCUUUCACUCCCAGUAUUCUCGAUGGACUCAUGUAUUCAAAGACACUUUGCAUGGAUGCAGUGCAAUCUUGGGGAAAACACUAUGAUGUUCACAGUCUGUAUGGAUAUUCCAUGACUCUGUCUACUGAUAAAGCUAUACAAGCUGUUUUCCCUGGAAAAAGAAGCCUUACUAUUUCUAGGUCUACUUUUGCUGGAUCAGGCAAAUACACAGGACAUUGGCUAGGGGAUAAUGCUGCUACAUGGAAUGAUCUGAAAUGGGCGAUACCAGGAAUGCUGGAAUUUAACCUCUUUGGGAUACCUUAUAUUGGUGCAGAUAUUUGUGGUUUCUUUGAUAAUGUCACAGAAGAACUUUGCAGACGAUGGAUGCAAGUUGGAGCAUUUUAUCCAUUUUGCAGAAAUCACAAUGCUGAAAAUUACGCGCCUCAGGAUCCAGCUGUAUUUGGGGCAGAUUCUGUUUUGGUGAGAUCAUCAAAGAACUACUUGAACAUUCGAUACACUUUACUGCCCUACCUCUACACCCUUUUUUACAAAGCUCAUACACAAGGAGGCACAGUAGUGAGACCACUUCUUCAUGAGUUCUAUUCAGAUGAAGCAACGUGGGCUAUUGAUCGACAGUUCUUGUGGGGCCCUGGUCUUCUCAUCACUCCUGUACUGGACCCAGGUGUGGAAACAGUGACUGCAUAUAUUCCUGAUGCAGUAUGGUAUGACUAUGAAACAGGUGGAAGAGUAGUAUGGAGAAAACAACAAGCAGAGAUGUAUCUCCCAGCAGACAAGCUAGGACUUCAUCUGAGAGGAGGCUACAUUUUUCCUAUUCAGCAACCAGCUAAUACAACAUUGUACAGCCGCAAGAAUUCGAUGGGACUUAUAAUUGCAUUAGAUGACAAUAAAGAAGCAGCUGGAGAUUUAUUCUGGGAUGAUGGAGAAUCUAGAGGUACAGUGGAAAAUGAAACCUACAUUUAUUACCAGUUUUCAGUUGCCAAUAAUAGCUUGAAAAUGAAUGUUUUGCACAUGAACUACAUCGAUCCCAACAACUUAAUGUUUGAGGAAAUCAAAAUCUUUGGAUUGCCCCUUCAACCUACAAUUCUUACUGUGUCAGUAAAUGGUGUGGUGCAGAAUUCUCCUCAUAAUAUCAGCUAUAAUCCUUCAGAUAAGGUUACUCAUGUAACUGGGCUUCAACUUGAACUAGGAAAAUCAUACUUACUGGAAUGGAAUCAAGAGUUAAAUAACAAUGAAAGAUUUGAUUGCCACCCUAGUCCCAAUGCAACACAACAGGAAUGUGAAGCCUUGAACUGUAUCUGGAAUCCUGUCUCCACUGAUAAUGUUCCAUCCUGUUACUACCCUUCUGAGUAUGGUUAUUCUGUCAGUCAAAUUACAUACACCUCUUCAGGUUUAUCGGUGAACCUCAACAGAAAUGGUAAUUAUGCUAAUCGUGCUGCGACUUCUACUACCUCUAUCAAUACACUUCGCCUGGAUGUGACCUAUCAUGACAACAAUAUGCUGCAAUUUAAGAUUUAUGAUUACAGCAAUAAAAGAUAUGAGGUUCCAGUUCCUCUAAAUAUCCCUAGCAGUCCUACAAGUACAUAUGAGAAUCGACUCUAUGAAGUAGCAAUUCAGAACAAUCCAUUCGGCAUCCAGAUUCGACGCAAAAGCACAGGGACAAUUAUCUGGGAUUCUCAAGUACCUGGCUUCACUUUUAGCGACAUGUUCAUUCAGAUUUCUACCCGUCUGCCAUCACAGUAUAUCUAUGGAUUUGGUGAAAAUGAACACACUAUGUUUCGGCGUGAUAUGAACUGGCACACCUGGGGAAUGUUCGCCAAAGACCAGCCCCCUGGUUACAAAUUGAAUUCUUAUGGUGUCCAUCCUUUUUACAUGGGCUUAGAAAAUGAUGGAAAUGCUCAUGGAGUCCUCUUACUUAACAGCAAUGCAAUGGAUGUCACAUUCCAGCCAACCCCUGCUCUGACGUAUCGCACUAUUGGAGGAAUUCUGGACUUUUACAUGGUGUUGGGCCCAACGCCGGAGUUGGUUGUUCAGGAAUACACUGCACUGAUUGGACGACCGGUCAUGCCACCAUACUGGUCUUUGGGAUUCCAGUUAUGCCGUUAUGGAUACAAAAAUGACACAGAAGUCUCUGACCUGUACGAGGCAAUGAAGACAGCUCAGAUACCCUAUGACGUACAAUACACGGAUAUUGAUUACAUGGAACGGCAAUUAGACUUUACCCUCAGCCCAGACUUUGCUGGACUACCAGCUCUGGUUGAUAGAAUGAAAAAGGAAGGAAUGCGAUUCAUCAUUAUCCUGGAUCCAGCCAUUUCAGGCAACGAAACCAAUUAUCUAGCCUACACAAGAGGUGUCCAAGAAGAUGUUUUUAUUAAAUGGCCCAAUAGCAGUGAAAUUGUGUGGGGAAAGGUUUGGCCAGAUUUUCCCAAUGUAGUUGUUAAUGAAUCGCUAGACUGGGACACUCAAGUGGAGCUAUACAGAGCUUAUGCAGCUUUCCCAGAUUUCUUCCGCAAUUCUACAGCACAGUGGUGGCAAAGAGAAAUAAGAGAAUACCACACUAACCCAAAUCAACCAGAGAAAAGUGUGAAGUUUGAUGGCUUGUGGAUUGACAUGAAUGAACCAGCAAGCUUUGUUCAUGGAUCAGUCGAAGGCUGUAGAAACACAGAGCUAAACAAUCCUCCCUAUAUGCCCAGUUUGGAAUCGCGGUCACUUGGGUUGAGUCACAAAACUUUAUGCAUGGAAAGCGAGCAGAUCCUGCCAGAUGGAACCCCUGUUAGACACUAUGAUGUGCAUAAUCUCUAUGGAUGGUCACAUGUAAAACCUACCUAUGAUGCUUUACAGAGCACCAUUAAUGAACGUGGAAUUGUCAUCACCCGUUCAACGUAUCCCUCUAGUGGAAAAUGGGCUGGACACUGGCUUGGCGAUAACACCGCAGCUUGGGAUCAACUUUAUAAAUCUAUAAUUGGUAUGAUGGAAUUCAGCCUUUUUGGAAUAUCCUAUACUGGAGCAGACAUUUGUGGCUUCUUCAAUGAUGCAGAGUAUUACAUGUGUGUCCGUUGGAUGCAGCUGGGAGCAUUUUAUCCAUUUUCCAGAAAUCACAAUACCAUAGGCACAAAGAGGCAAGAUCCUGUUUCCUUUGAUGAAAAGUUUGAAAAUAUUUCCAGAGAUAUACUCAAUACAAGAUACACGCUGUUACCUUAUCUCUACACUUUAAUGUAUGAAGCCCAUGUUCAUGGUAGCACUGUAGUGCGUCCUGUCCUCCAUGAGUUUGUGGAAGACAAGCAAACUUGGGAUGUAUACAAACAAUUUCUGUGGGGACCUGCACUGCUCAUUAGCCCUGUACUGGAGAAUGCUACAUUAGUGUUGGCUUAUAUACCCAAUGCACGCUGGUAUGAUUAUUACACGGAGGAAUAUAUUGGUUUCAAGGGACAGUUCUACAACCUAUCAGCUCCUCUUGAACAUAUCAACCUUCAUAUCCGUGGAGGUUACAUCAUCCCAUGGCAGGACCCUGCUAAUAAUACCUUUUACAGCCGACAAAACUCAAUGGGACUUACUAUUGCUUUAGAUGAUAAUGGGUUCGCUUAUGGUCAGCUUUACUGGGAUGAUGGGAACAGCAUUGAUGCAUAUGAACAGGGUGCUUAUCUAUUAGAAACAUUUAAUGCAAGUCAGAGUGUUUUAGAAAUUACGAUUGUGCACAAUGGAUACACUGACCCAAACAAUUUAAAAUUUGAUGAAAUUAAAGUCUUGGGAGUUGACAGAGUACCUUUAGCUGUUACAGUAAAACAAAAUGGUGUGACCGUUCCAUCUCUCCAUAAUGUCAACUACAGUGCUACAAAAAAGCUGCUGCAUAUUACCGGGCUUCAGCUUGAACUAGGGAAACCCUACUCAGUGGACUGGUCUUCAGUGGUUGAAGACAAUGAAAAAUUUAACUGUUAUCCUGACUCAGGUGCAUCAGAAGAAAAUUGUACUGCUCGUGGCUGUAUCUGGCAGGUUGCCUCUAACUCCCUUGUACCAUCAUGUUACUACCCAAGUAAUUAUGGCUAUUCUGUCAGUAACAUUCAAAACACCGCUUCAGGUCUUACGGCUGACCUCUCCAGAGAUCCUAGUAUCCCUGACCGCUAUGGGGAUCGUUCUCCCCCUAUCAACACACUUCGCUUGGAAAUGAAAUAUCACGACGAAAACAUGUUUCAGUUCAAG